AUGGAAUACUUCACGUUGGACCAGCUUCGGGGUCAAUUCACCGAGCUGCUCCAAUCAUACCGGCAGUACCACCUCCGCUCUCUCCAUGAUGAUGGCAUGCUUGAAGACGAACGUCGAGAUCUUGAAGACAAAGCCAAGGUCGCUCAGGAUACUUUCCACGCUGCCUUCCGGAACCACCUGGCCCAAAACGAACAGUUCCUCCUUGAUAAUUCAGAGGCGACUGUGCUCCAGACAAUGUUAACAUGGGCCAGAAACUCCGGCCUACCUCUUACGGAAAGUGAUAGCGCGGACCUACAAAGAGAGAUCUUCAGUGACGCAAGCAGUUGCUCCGACCGCUUGACAGAGCUGACCUCUGAGCCAAAUUCUCUUGAUGAGUUCUCGGUCUGGCCUUUCAUCCAAAAGAUAAAAGUCUACCUAAAUGCAUAUAUUCUGAGCAAGGGCCUUAUUCUCGUUGAUCUCCCGGGUCUCCGUGACCUCAACUCGGCUCGGCUGAAGAUCACAGAAAGAUACUUGCUCAAUUGCGAUGAGAUUUUUGCCAUCUGUUACAUAGGUCGAGCUACCACUGAUGCUGGUGUGAUGGGAGUAUUCGAGCUUGCCAGGAGGGCUUCCCUGUCGCGGAUUGGAAUCAUUUGCACAAAGUCGGAUGAUAUUCUGGCAGAAGAGGCGCAGCGAGAUUGGGAUGGAGAUUCUAGAAGGAUCAUUAGGAACUUGAUCAGAGACAUUGAGAACAUGCAGAGAUCGUUGGACACUAACGAGGCCAGAAUCAGAGAUCUUGACGCUGAUAAUGAUUCUGACGUUGAGAUGGAUAGCGAAGAGAGGGAAGAACUCUUAGAACUUCACACAGCCUCCAGGAAACUAAAAUUGAAGAGUUAUCUUAUUACUACUCGCAAUCAAAAAGUCACAGAUGCGCUUCAGGCGACCUAUCAGAACCGGAUACCAGGAGGGAACUUGCCAGUCUUCUGCGUCAGUAACUUCGAAUAUUGGGAGCAUCGGACUACACCGAAAAUGGAGGCUUUGCCCUUCCUCCGUCUCUCUGGCAUUUUGGAAGUCCGCAAAUAUUGUCUUUCCCUUGUCGCCGAGGGUCAGCUUUGUGCUGCGAUCGAAUACAUGACUGUUGCCAUCCCAGCACUGCUGGGAUCUGUCGAGCUCUGGGUCCAGUCUGGUUCUGGAAGUCUGAGCGCCGAAAGAAAACAAGCCAUUCGAAACACCCUAGAAGAGAUUGAAGGUGUGUUAGACACGGACAAUGUUCGUACCAUUGUAGCCAAGCCGCACAAAAUGCAACUAUAG